AUGUUUCCCAACAACGACCGCCCGAACUCCUCGCAUCCCUCGCCCUCGAAUCCGCCCACCAUGCAGUCCCUCGCGCUCCCAGUGGAGGUCAUCAAGGGCGUCAUCGACCGCUGCUCCGAUCACACGAUCACACUGCUUGCCUUCGCUCUCACCUGCCGCGACCUCUAUCCUCGUAGCAUCCUCGUCCUAUUCACGGAAGUCCGCCUCCGAAACAGGGAUCGGCUCUUUGAUCUCUGCGACGUGCUCAAGGCGAAGCCCGAGCGUCAGCCUUUCGUGCAAUCUCUGUCGAUUCAAUGGGACCACUUUGCGCCAUACCAUCUGCUGUCCAUUCUGCCUGCUCUUCGUCAUAUAGAAUUGUGGAGCUAUGAUAGUCCAAUACGAUGCCACCCUUCCACUCUACUCUGCUGCAGGCGAUUCGGAUGUGGGAUUCGGAGCCUGACUAUCAAAUGGGUCGAAUUCUCGACUUGCAAUGCUUUCCUCCAGUUCCUUGCCGCAUUCCCGGGCAUCGAACACCUCACAUGCGAUCAGCUGAACAUAUAUCAAGGAGGCGAAGCGAGCCCAUUGGUGUAA